UUUUUUUUAUUUUUCAGGACAUUGUAAUGUAUGCCCACUUUAACAAAUUAAACUAUUUCUGCACAGAAUGUAUUUACUCCCCAAAUGCUUAUCGAAUGAAUGCACGUUCAUUUAUUAAAGAAUUGGAAAGGAUAAGGCCUCGGGCAAUUUUGGAUAUUGUCCGGUCUGGGGAACAAUUUAAAUUGAGAGCUAAUGUGGCUGAACAAAUAUUAUCAAAAUGUGUAAAGUGUGGGUAUAUAACAAGUCAAAAAUAUUGUAAGGCUUGUUUGCUCCUAUAUGGACUAAACAAUGAUGACCCAACUGUUGGAAUUGCUAGGAAGUCAAAAUGGCUAGCCAAGUUAGAUAUGGAAACAGAACUCUCCAGAUCAACAAAGACUGAAGUAGAAUUCACCUUCAACAACACAACAAACAAAACCAGUGAUUGUCUAACAACAAAUGGGUGUAGUUGUAAAAAUAAUUUUAAUAAUAAUGAUUUUUAA